AAGCCCAACCGGAAGUGUGUUGGCAGCAGCGUGUCCAGCUUGCUGAUGACAUCAUGGAGGACCGUCUCUGUCUGCGACAUGACUCCUUCAGCCGGAGCCGCUCCGCCUAAACCCGCUUCAGUCGCUGAGAAGGAGCCGCUGGACGAGCUGCUGCUCGGUUCUGGUUCCGGUUCCGGUCCGGUCCGGCGUUACUGGGUCACAGCCCGCUGCUGCCAGCCGGAGCAGAACAGACUGAGAGGACGGACUGACCUGUUGGAGCUGGAGAAUUAAAACCAGAUUAAACGGAACCAUGCUGGCCCGGUUCGGCUGAUGUUCUGAGUGGAGAGAUGCAGCAGAAGUUGUACUCCAGAGGUUCUGGUUCCUUCCUGCUGGAGAGGAACGGUCAGGCCUGCGGCGCCCUUCCGGACUCCGUCACUUCCUGUGAACUCCCGUUCCGAUGCCCCCGAUGCGGCGAGCAGCAGCGGUUCCGCAGCCUGGCCUCCCUGCGGGCCCACCUGGAGUACCGCCACUCCUACCGCUCUCCGGACGUGGUGUCCGGAGACUUCAGCAUCACGGGGUCGCUCCCCGACCCGCUGGCGGCCGCCAUCGCCUGGCAGGACGCCAGCCUCCCGGCCCGCAGGGGGCAGCACGGCGCCGCGCGGCCGGUCCGCUCCCUCAGCGACAGCAGAGACAGCGGCUACCUGCACUCCUACGGCGCGGUGAGGAGGCGCACCCAGAGCGUCGGCGUGGGGACGCAGGAGGAAGGCGUGGAUGAUGAAGAUACAGGGGAGGAAGAGGAGGAUGAAGAAGAGACCAGAGAUGAGUCAGAAGUCAAACAGUCGGACUCAGGACGCCUCCCUCACCUCCCGUCCCCUCCGGACCCGGACCUGGACCCGGUUGCGCAGAGCUACUGCGGCCGGGAGACGGCGGCGGCCUCCGCGGCGGUGCGGCGGCGGCUGGCCAGCAUCCUGCGGGCCGCCGACGGCACCAUGCGCUCGCUCAGCCGGCAGGUGGACGUGGCCGUCAUGGUGAUCGCCGCGCUGAGGGAGCAGCUCAACGCGUCCGAGAGCGAGCUGGAGCGCCGGGAGAGGGAGGUGCUCACCAUCCAGAGGUUCCUGGAGGCCGCGGCCCGCCAGGAGACGAGCGGGAAAGUCCGGAUCCAGCGCUUCAUCGAGAACCUGCUGGGUCGGAUCGCCCUGGCAGAGAAGCUGGUGGAGUUUUACCAGGUGAACGGCGGCCCGGCGCAGGGCGAGCGCCACAAGACUCAGACUGAUGUCGGCCGACACAGAGUCAGUAAAAGCAGGUCCGCAGGGGGUCAGCUGUUCUCCGGUUUCCAUGACAACAGGACUCAGUCAUCCUGCCGGUUCGGCGGUGGGCCUCCGGGCUCCAAAGCGGGUCCGGACCGGGACCGGGAGCGCCAGGAACGCCUGGCCCAGUCCUCCAGGCUGUUCUGCCGGCCGGAGCACAGAGACGACAUCUGGAACCAGCAGCGGCGCCGGUCCACCGGGUACGAGGCCUAGAACUGCAGAGAUGGCCCAGACAGACGGGCCUGAACAGAACCUCAGCAGAACCGGCCUCCCUCGGUUCCUGUAGUCGUUGAAUCGAUCCCAGAGUUCUGCUGGUACCUUCUAGUUCUGGAUGUUUGUCUGCUGAGGUGAAGUGGACCAGAAAGCAACCCGGUUCUGAUCGUAGUCAGAACCAACAGAAGUACCAACCGGACCAGGCUAAAUGUACCAGCUGUGUUCUGUUCUGGAUCAAACCUCUGCAGGGCGGUUCUGGUUCCUCAUACAUCAGCACAAACUGAUCGGGUCAGAACCAGAGUAUUCAUGAAUCAGAAACUCUCCCUCUCAUUGGGUCGAAGCUUCUCAUUCUGACCCGGUUCUACAGAACCUCCAGGAGUUCUGCAUGCAGGCAGCAGAUCUUCCUGGUGGAUUUCUCUGGGCUCUGUUGCUUUUUCUGUCCGGUUUUCCAGAGGAUGGAUCCGGAUUCAGCAGUUUUCCUCUGAUCCAGGUUCUGAUCCAGGUUCUGAUCCAGGUUCUGUCCAACAUUAGAUGUCAGCAGUGGUGGGAACAUCUCCGCUAAUGCGCUAAUAGCGCAGCUAGCUCUUCAUUUAGUUUAAAACGUUAGCGUAGCUUAGCUUGAAUUCUCCAGACAAAUUCAAAUUUAUAAACUUGAAUAAAAUUCAACAUCUGUUCAAGUUUUGCUCAUCAACUGUUAGCAAUUCUUCAAGUGUUCAGACGUUUCCAUGCCAUUAUUUUGAAGGGGUGGAGACAGUUUCCUCUCCAUACCUUUUGUCUUUUUCUCCCACAUCUUUAUUGAGCAAAUGGCAAGUAAACAACAAACAAACAUGUUUUCCUUGUGACACAUGGUGGGCAUCAACAUGGCUGAGAUUAGCAUGUUAGCUUCCGCUAAGACCAUGUUGGUUUAGCAUUUUAGCAUCAGUUUCAGCAAAAUACCAUGUGGGUAGAGCGCUUUAGCCUUAGCUUUAGCCUUAGCUUUAGCCUUAGCUUUUGCGAAAUACAUGUUGGUACAGCCAUUAACAUUAGCUUCUGCUAAAUACCAUGUUGUUGUUUAGCGUUAUCAGAACUAAUGAUUAUAAUUAUUAUAAGGGUUAGCGUAGCUAACGAUUAGCUAGCAAAGACUCACCAUUAAAGGUUCUGGAAAUCUAGAAAUUCACCUUAAAAACCCUUAGAAGGUUCUGGAAGAACCUAAAGAAAACCGUCAGGACCUGCAGGAGAACUACUGACCCGGUCCAGUUUAUCAGACCAGAGAAAUGAGUUCUGUUGGACCUGGUCGGGUUGAGAGGUUCUGACCCUGAACCAGUCCGUUAAAUGGACCUCCAGACUGAGGGGAGAGGUUCUGGAGCUGCUCCCCAACCCGGUUCUGGAGCUGUUCCUGGACCCGUCCUCAGGAUCCAGAAUGGACCGAGUCAUUCGACCCGAUUAGAGAUCAGGUUCUGGAGCCGCAGCAGCAGGUUUCUCUCCUUCAGCUCCGGUUUGGGCCAGGAACCACCAACUGGUACCGGGUCUGGGUCGGAUACAUCCUACAUGAACUAACUGCUGGUCCAAGGCCCGGUUUGGUUCUGACAUCUUAGAGACCAGUCCACUGUUCACAACCGAGCCCAGAACCUCGGUACCGGUACCAGAACAAAGCAGAACCUGAUGGAUGCCGGACCCUCUUUAUCUGGUCUGAACCGGGCUCAGAACCAGAAACGGGUCACCUGCAGUGUUUCCGCCCCGAUCCGAUGAGUCUGUUCCUCCCAGAGUUCUACCGGCGCCGACCCAUGGUUCUGCUGACCCGGUCCUCAUCACAGCGUUGGUGUUCAGCUGGUUCUGAUGGUCCGAUCAUAACCAGGAUCUAGAACCCAGCCGAUCCGGAUUGGUGGAAAAUGUUCCAGAUGCUUCCUUCAUUCACUAAAUGUUCUGGUUCCGGUUCUGUUUCACUAAAUGUUCUGGUUCCGGUUCUGUUUCACUAAAUGUUCUGGUUCCGGUUCUGUUUCACUAAAUGUUCUGGUUCCGUGUAAAUAAAACGACUCGAUGAGAAUCUGACACGCACUGCAAAAACACAAAACCCAACCCAGUUCAAUUCCAUCCAUUUUAUCACACGUCCUGUCACAGUGGGGUCAGGAGGUGGACGGGUCA